UCCAGCUAUAUUAUAGUGGAGUUAAUGUGAACUGCAUGAAGAAUAUACAUGGAUAAGAAUUCUGCAUAUUGUCUGAGUAAUAUACAAAAUUCUGCUAAUAUAUACUGUGCACAGUCUGAUGUCCCUUGGAGACUAUAAGUGACAUUCAGGCUACAGAAUGCCCUGAGGAUGGGGUGACUUUUGUUGACCUCCCCUUCCCUCUGAAACCAACUGUGAUUAUCACAAAAUAUGUACCCUGUGUGUGUCCAGUUCAUGGAUGUCCUGUAUCCUCUCUAACAUGGCCCUUAGAAUACCAGUUGCAGGGGAGCAACAGCAGAAGAGGGGGCAUGCCCUCACCUCUUGCCUGUGGGCUCCCCAGAGGCAUCUGGUGGGCUACAGUGUGAAACAGGAUGUUGGACUAGAUAGGCCUUGGGGCUGAUUCAGCAGUGCUGUUCUUAUGUAUGUUAUGUGUGUAUAACGGGACCUUUUGAGUGAUGACAUAACCUGUUGUUUGAGGUUCCAUCGCUAUUUCUGACCUAUUUUGACAUCAGUUUUGGUCAUAUUCUCUAACAUGGAGAGCUAUUUUGGUGAUUUUAUUCCUCUCAUAUUGAAUGGCACAGUAAGAAUUUCUGCUGCUUGCAGAUGUUUUGUGUUAUCUCUGGAACAGUGAGAUGUUUUUUGGCCUUCCAUGAAGAGGCCCAAGUCAAAAAAAUAUGGUGAGAUCAUCUGCAUACGACUUAGUUAGCUCUAGCAACAAGGGAGUGGGGGAAACUAUACAAUUGCCUGUGUGUGUUCAGGGGCAUACACAGAAAUCUACAGACAGCUGCAGGCAGCAUAACACAGAGAAAAGAGCAUGCUUGCCACUGCCUCUAUCUUGAUGUGUUUGGUUUUUGUAUUUUCCCCAGUUUGCCAAUAAAAAGGGAAUAUAGGAAGGAAAGUCCUCUCCUUUAAUUACCGUCUGGGAGGUCCUGCUCUCUCUCUACAAAGGCAGUCAUAUGUGAUGUGAAACUAUAACACGGAGUUCUGUCUAGGAACUCUAGGCCAUACAUACAUUUGGGUGUUGCAAUUUCCCUGGCCAUACAUACAUUUGGGUGUUGCAAUUUCCUGUGACCAGUUACAAUAUGAGUAAAUAUAACAGCUAGCUUCAAAGGCAGAGCAGCCAUUGCUUGUCUCUGUAUGCCUUGGUGCAGCCUGAAAUCUGUGUUGUAUCCAACACAGUCUCCAUAACAUUUCCUGUACUGCAUUUUAAGACUAUUUGAAUUGGCCUUACCAAACAUGUCUUCAAAUAUCUUUUACUCUUUUCUGUGCCACCUCCUAUCUUUCUUUUGGUGGUUUUUACUGAAAAAUUGUCCUUAGUUCUGGGGUCUCCAAAUCUCUCUCACUAGUUUGUCAUGUGGGAGGAAGGGAAUUGGGAAUGUACUCAGCCAGCAGCAGCUGCAGAGUUGCUUGUACUCCUUCCUCUACCAGGUGCUAUUUCUGUUUCGCCUGGGCUUUGUCCUGAGCUAUGAGCUAAGGCCUUUGCUCUUGGCCUGAAGCAAACAGCUGAGGCACGACAAUCCUGACUCUUAUUCUGAAGAUCCUCUAGGCCUCUUUGCCCUGAUGAUUAUGUAGAGAUUGGAAAGCCCAGUUUCUCCUGUAACGAAAAGUGAAGAUUAUGAGAGCUGGAUUUAUGCAGCUGGGUGAUUCUCUUUCCCAGCUCCUUCUGUACCACCGUACAGUCUGUAUCUCUUUGGGUGUACUUCCCGCUUCCCAAGGACUGCAGCCUCCAGGGACAAGGAGAGAGCACAGAUGCAUGUCUAAACUUCAGCAGAUGCAGAAAUGGAGGAUUAACAGAGACACAAUGCAAGUAUAAGUGGAUUACGAAGCAAGUGCCAUCUUGGCGCUGAGAUGGAAGUGCCAAGCAUCAAAGACUUUCAAUGGAAAACUCUGGCACCUCUGCCCAGUCCGAGAGUCUAUUGCUCCCUGGUGGAGGCUGGUGGGCAGGUCUUUGCUAUUGGGGGUUGUGAUGAUAAUGGCAUUCCCAUGGACUCUUUUGAGGUGUACUCCCCGGAAGCUAACCAAUGGAAUUCUCUCCCGCCAAUGCCGACAGCCAGAGCUGGAGUAGCUGUAGCUAUGCUGGGCAAGAGAAUAAUGGUGAUUGGAGGUGUCGGAGCCAACCAGAUGCCCUUGAAGAUUGUGGAGAUGUACAACAUAGAUGAGGGCAAGUGGAAGAAGAGGAAUUCCUUGAGGGAAGCUUCUAUGGGGAUCUCUGUAACAGUGAAAGACUACAGAAUCUAUGCAGCAGGUGGAAUGGGAGUGGACCUGCGUCCUCACAACUACAUGCAGCAUUAUGACAUGUUGAAGGAUAUUUGGGUGUCGCUGGCAACCAUGCCCACACCCAGGUAUGCUGCCACUUCCUUCCUGCGGGGCACAAAGGUCUAUGUGCUAGGUGGAAGGCAAUCCAAAUAUGCCGUGAAUGCCUUUGAAGUCUUUGACACUGAGACUAGAUCAUGGACCAAAUUUCCCAGUAUUCCCAGCAAAAGAGCUUUUUCCAGCUUUGUAUGUACAGAAAACAACAUCUUCAGCCUUGCAGGGUUACGGCAAGGCAGGUUAUACCGCCAGCCCAAAUUUAUGAAGAAUGUGGAUAUAUUUGAUAUUGAGCAAGGAGGUUGGAUGAAGAUUGAGCGCUCUUCCUUCCUGAAGAAACGGCGAGCAGAUUUCAUUUCUGGCUACUUGAAAGGAAGAAUCAUCAUAGCUGGAGGACUAGGGAAUCAGCCAACUGUUUUGGAAUCAGCUGAGGCCUUUCACCCUGGGAAGAACAAAUGGGAGAGCUUGCCACCUAUGCCCACACCACGAUGCACCUGCUCCAACAUUGUGGUAAAAAACUGUCUUCUGGCUAUAGGUGGAGUAAACCAAGGCCUGAGUGAUGCCGUAGAAGCACUGUGUGUCUCUGACUCCUAGCUGCCUCUCUCCAAUCCCGGCCUAAACAAAGAGGCCUACAAAUAUCUAAGAAAGCAAUAGCUCUGCAGUUCUGAGCACUGGGCCAAUGCCACUCAACAUAAGAGGAGUUGACACCUUCCCUAUACCAUCCCUCCCACUCUGCUGCUUUUCUGUAAUUCCCUUCACUGUGUGUUUUGGAGAAGGUAGCUCCUUGCCCUAUGUAGCUAUGUGGUUUUUGUAGCUCUGUUAGCUAGCAGAGGCUCCUCCCUGUGAUAGUGUCACCUUUCCAAGUGCGAUGGAUUUCCACCACCUAAUGAGCCUGUCGUGGCCUCCCACUGUCGACUCUGAAUGGCUGAGGAGCAUUCUAGCUCUACCACAAAGCAGUAGUAGGAUGUUUCAUCAAGGAUGGGGAAGAGCAGCUCCUAUCAACUGUGAGACACUUUGUGUCUUCCUCUGAAAUAGAGGAACAUGGCUCAUGAAUGGAUCAUAAGAGCCUCUGUUGGGUUCUUCCAAGUAUUGUUCACAGGUUAACAAUGGAAGCAACUAAGAACGAAAUCUUACAGAGCAAGAGCUUGUGUGCUCCAUUGCUUGUUGAAAAGCCACCCGGAGGUGACUUGUGCCAUGACUCUCAGUUUCUUUCUGUGGGAGUCUUUCUGCAAUGCAAAACAGUCCUAGCUGUGACAUUAGCUUUCUGGGCGUGUAGGGAUCAAGGUAUCUUGAAUGAAUUUCUAGGGAGCUUCCUAAUCAUACAGUUGGGUAGCGAAUCACCUCUGUCUGUGAGAGAAUACCCAGUUGUCGAAUUUAAUGCACUAAUUGACAGUUCCUGCAACAGGAGUUGCACAUUGCUUCUGCUAGAGGGCUGAAGGCUAAAAAGGUGGUUGCUAAGAAAUCCACUUACGUGGAGGCAUUCUGCACAGGGACCAGGAUUUCAGUCCCCGCAGUGCACAUUCACACUCACAGUGUUCACCCACAAGCACACACACACGUAUGUUUAAAAUAGUUCAUACCCAGCAUUUAGGUUUAAACUAUUGCCCACAAGGGACCAUCUUUAAAACCUGGACUGAGCUUAAUAUACACAGUGUUUCUGGAAUAGGAAUGUUAUGGACUCAGCCCAUAAGAGCAUUCACAGAUCUCACAACAACAACAAUGCGUGUGUGGCUUCUUGCCUGCAAUUUUUAUUGUAUUUCAUAUACCGUUUCCCCCUUCAGCUCAGAAGUUAAAACUGUCACUGUGUUAUCCAAAUGCUGUAUGAUGGGUCAUUUGCAGUUCUGGGUAGUUAUUAGUACGUAGCACAAUUAAAAUCUAUAUUCAUACGGUAUUUUGAGAGCUUGUUAUGGAAUAUCCGGGCUAAGACACCGCUGGACUAGAACUGGGGGGACCCAGGUUCAAAGCCUCUCUCAGUUAUGAAGCUCACUGGAUAACCAAGGGCCAGUCACGCGCUUUCAGCCUAACCUACCUCACAAGACUGUUGUGAGGAUAAAAUGAAAGGGGGGAAAGACUAUAUAUAUACUGCCAACCAGUGUUCUCUCUAAGUUUUUUUCAUCUGUGCAUGGAAUGAGUUUUGUUCUAGGCUGCAGUAUCAAGGCAUCGUGUGCGCACAUCCAUUCAGAAUGUGGCCGUCCUAAUUCAACCUGAGUGGGAUCUAAAAUUAACUGAGCAGACAUUAAAAAAAACUUGUGAGCGCGA